CCGGCUGCAUCCGUAUGCCAAGCUAACAUAGUUUCUUCUUUUGCUCCACUUUCGGUGACUAAAAGCUGCUGUUACUGUUACGUCACGUAACGUAAACAAACGUUACCUUACCAUCAUAUGUUUCGUUUGACAAAUCAACAAAUGUCAACAAAUGUCAAAUAAGACAUCCUCAAUAUAAACACAACACACUCUAUUGCAUUUUUCAAGUGAAACAUUCGAAUUCUGAUAAAACCACGCCACAAUGGUCAAGAAAAUUCUAAUGGUUUGCUUAGGUAAUAUCUGCCGGUCACCUAUUGCCGAAGCAGUUAUGAUUGAAACCAUCGAAAAAGCCGGCACAUCCGCCGAAUGGAAGGUUGAUUCCGCGGCUAUUGGUGAUUGGCAUCGUGGCAAUCCACCAGAUCAUCGUGCACUGAGCACAAUGACUAAACACAAUAUUAAAUACAACAAUAAGGCAAGGCAAAUUAAAAAACAAGAUUUUCACGAUUUCGACUACAUUUUCGGUAUGGACGAGGAAAAUAUGAGUGACUUGCGUUCGCUGGCUCCACCUAGCUCGAAGGCUAAGUUAUUAAUGCUCGGCGAUUUUGGCUUGGACAAGGGUGAUCGCAUUAUCGUAGAUCCUUAUUAUCAACGUGGAGAUGCCGGUUUUGAAAAAGCUUAUCAGCAGUGUGUGGUUGCCUGCGCUGCGUUUUAUGAACAAGCUGUUGCGGGUAAAAUUUAAUCUAGAAAUACCCCUUUAUACAUCCCGAAUUUAGUUGUUAAUGUAAUGGAAUGAAGUAAUAUACUUCGCCUCUCAUGUUAAGAACAAAUCAGCUGAUAUAAGUUAUACAUAUAUAUAUGUACAUAGUAAAAUAUAUUUAAAGCGCAACAAAUACAUGUAUAAUAAAAUUGCGAAAUUAAACUUUUUUCUCUUAAGAAUAGAGUAAAAGCAAGAAGAAAUUGUUGUGAUUGUGCCAAGCAUUUAUGUAUACAACAUAGUGGAUGCAG